AUGGCUACACAAAAUGUACAGAAAGAGGUUGUGGGACUGAAGCAGGAAUCAGAUAGGAAUGUGCUUCUCAACAUUGGAGGUGAUAUGUGGCCUUCAGAUAAUACAGAUUUUUUAGUAAAUAUCAAUUCACACAAAAUGAGAAAUUACCCUUUAGCAGAGGAUAGCAGCUCCUGUGACACAGUGGAAGAAGACAUUCAGAACUUACCUGAAAAUACUGAUAAUCAUAACCUGCUUGUUAACACUGAAGAAAAAAAGCUGAUUGGUAACCCUAGUAAGCAAAGCCUAUCUGCAGAUAUUGAACAUCAGAGUUUACCACCUAACACCGAAAAUCAAAUCCUUCCGGUGCCUGGCAAAACCGAUGAUCAGAUUCGACCUGGUAACCUACUUAGUGAUACAUUUCAUCUAGUUUUACCAAGUAACACUGAGUUUGUUGUCAUUGAACACAAUUCAGCAGCCAAAGAGACUGACAGUGAAACUGCUAAAAGCAGUGGGAUUAAAAUGAUGAGCAGUUCAGAGUACAAUUUUGAAAAAAAAAAGAAAAAGGAUAAAGAUAAGCAAAAGAGAAAGCACUAUGAUGGAGAAAGAAGGGUGAAGUCAAAGAAACGUAAAAAAAGUAAAGAAGACCGAGAAAUAACUAAGGACAUAAAACAGUUGCAAAAGAUUAAUGCACCUCCUAAAUCAAAGCCUAGAGCCAAAAAAACUAGUAAAGCCCCAGAAUAUCCUCCUGACUUUGUUGAAGGGCCUUGGGGGAAGUACAUUCCAGAAAAAAUACUUGUUCAGAUAUUUAGAACUAUAGUCAAUAGAGAUGGUGUGUUCCCUUUAUUACCCAGGGUUUCCAGAGUUUGUAAACUUUGGAAUAAAGCUUCACAAGAUCUAUCUCUGUGGAAAUAUGUAGAUCUCUCUUGGGGAAGAAUCCGUCGUACUGAAAACCAGCUCAUUCGUCUCAGCAAGCAGUGGCUACGGCAUACUUCUGAUCUUAACUUAAAUGGUUGGGGAACUACCCUGACCACCAGAGGUGUUUCAGCCAUUGCGAAAUCCUGUUCUCAACUUACCAGUAUUAGCCUUGCUCAGUGCACCCGGAUAUCUCGAGAGUGUAUCCAGCUUUUGGCUGACCACUGCCCUAACCUGACUAGCAUUGAUCUCUCAGGAGCCUCUAAAAGAUAUAGCAGUCAGUAUAGCCCUAUCUCUCCAGCAAGUCUAAAGCAUCUAGUCUCUCGGUGUGGAAAGAACCUCACACGUCUUAUUCUGGCUGAAAAUGAGGUUGCAGCAAUGACAUCAGUUUUGCAUGCUAUAAGUGAGUCUUGUCCAAGGCUGGAAGAACUUGAUAUCUCAAACCUGACAGUAUUGGGAGGAAGUCUUGUACUGUUUUUAGAAGAGCUUCAACAUGGUUGUCCCAGUCUACGAAUUCUGCGUGUAGCAAAUACUCCACUCUCUCUAUCUACUGUGUCUCUCAUUAAACAGGCACAGUCACCUGGAUUUCAAGAAUUAGAGGAACUUAGCAUUGCUCUAGAGAGUGACUAUCAGUCAGGUCUUAGUGACAGUGGACUAGAAAGGAUAACUAAAGCUUCCCGUAAAUUAAAACUUCUGGAUGUAAGAGGCUGUCGUAAUAUCUCUGUAUCGGGUUUGGUUCAUGUGCCAGCUUGGGAUAUUCAGCAUCUUUAUCUUGCCCAGAGUGCUGCAGCUCGGAUGUCUAACUUGGAAUUAGUCUUACAGAAGUGGAGUCAUAGUUUAGAAGUUGUUGAUCUUUCGUGGGCUAAUAAUGAAGAAGCUAUCAACCAAGCUAUAGAAGCUUUGGCUACGGCAGAAAAUGGUUGUUCAAUUCGGAUGCUGGACCUAAGUGGAAGUGCUGUUUCCUAUUCAACUGUUAAAACACUUCUGAGCAAGUGUAGUCUACUUCGUACUCUAAAUCUUCAGUCCUGUCGAAGUUUACCACGAGGUAUGAAACGCCUUUAUAGCAACGAGGAUCUGUUUCGCCUUCAGAGUGACAUUGUCGCUAGAAAGUUUGAAGAAGCUACAUAAUGUUUCUAUGAGUUGGAAAAAUGGAAAACAAUCUCUGGUUCAACCACUGAUGCUAAACUCACGUACUGAAAGAAUUUCAGUAGGAUUUCCUGAUGUGUAGGAAAUUCUUUUUUGUUCUCAUUAUUAUUAUCAUUUCUCCAUUAAUGCAUGUAAUUCAAACAACAUCUAGAAUGUUUUUUUAAAGAAUUGUUGCUUGAUCAUUUUUCUUUUUAGAUUUGAAUGAUCAGAAUGAAUAGAUGAACAUUUUUAAUGUUUGGGCCUUUAAAAGUUGUUACUUUUUCAUGUGACAGCAAACUAUUUGAUAUCAGUUUAUUGGAGUGAUCUGUACUGAAAAAACAUGACUAUAGUCAACUGUAAGCUUUUGUAUUUUUAAUAUUUUAGGUAAAACAAUGUGUUGGCAUGUGAAUGUAGGAUGUGUCAUUUGUUCUGAAAAACUUGAAUCUUUUAUACAGCAGAUAAAGCCAUGUCCUUACACUGGCAGCAUAACAUUAUAGCAAAGGUAACACCGUCCAAUCAUGGCAUCAUUCUUUUACAGGAUAUUGUAAAAUGGCAAUGGUAAGAACAUAUAUGUUAUGAUUCACUUUACGAUUCAAUAUGUUGUCAGAAUUAUUCAGUAAAACAUACACUGCUAUCUUUAAUAGUUUCUUCUAUAUUAUAUUGUUAAAUUAUUUCAAUUUUAUGAAACAUAUCAUAACUCAGUUUUAUGAUACUGCUUUUGAUACUUGACUUGGGUGUUGUAGUUGUUUAUAGCUCUAAAAUUGUUAGUAAUUUUCUUAUUGCUUCUUCUGUCUUAUUUACUACUAAUAGUUAUCAUACCAAAAGAUAGCUUUUAUAAAACUGCAAGUGGUUAAGAUGCAAAGAGAACUACUAUGGCAUUGUAACGCCAUGUCUAAAGCUUUUACAAAAUAAAUCUUUAAUUCUUUCCCCUACUGUUACUGUAAAAAAGAAAGUUAAACAGUUAUAAUCUUUGAUUAUGCAUAGUAGAACUGCGACUUGGGACCAAGAGUUAUUAGUUCUGGAAUGCCUUCCAACUUGUGAUAACAAAAAUAUUCAAGUAAAACAAAUAUGCCUGAAAGAAUAAUUUAUUAUUCUAUAUAGAAAAUUUGAGUCUUUGUUUAGGACUCUUCUGGAAUGAUCUGUGUGACAAGAUAAAUGAAGUGCCACUUAGGAGAGAUAAGCCUUAUAUAUAUAUCUUCAAGCAAGCCAGGGGUGCCAUUUCAUAUUUCAGUGUGGGGAGGAAUGCUGUUUAGUCCCUUGGAAGCUCUUUAUAUUUUGUAGGUAAAAACGUAGAAUAUUAUGAGAACAUUUUCUGUGGUUGUUUCCUGUAAAUCAUACAAUAACAAAAUUACCAACGGAGGACAAACAGGCAACUUUUGAACCCAAACAUUCAGCACUUGUGGCAUGCAUAUCCAGUAACAAAUAAAGCCUUAUUUUUAAGUUUAUAUAUACAUUCAUAAUGUACAGGUAAUAAGAUAUUACUGUUCUCACUAACAUGAUAUAUCAGUCUUGGAGUUUUAACAUAAGUAUUGGAUAAAUUGUUUAGUAUUCUUAUUAGAAAUAAAUAAUUUUGCUUCAUAAAAUAUAAUAUACUUACCCUGGCAAUGAUUACUUUUGUAAACUUCUUAUCUUGUCUCAUAUUGUGGAAGGGAGAAUUAAACAAUUCAUUUACCCCAGGCAUGAGAUUAUGAUGGAAAUGUUGAAAAUUUGGGGAAUAUUAUUUACCCAAGCAAAAGUACCCGUCCCCAGUGAUAGGAAAAGUUUAAGUUAAUCUAUCACUUUGAAUUAUUUCAUGGACUUUUAAAAGGUUAAUUGUACUGCACUCUUGGAUUCACUCAGAGCCAAAGCUCUGGGAUAUUUAUACCGCCCACCACAAAAAGUAUUUGUUGAACAUUUCAGUCAUACUAAAAUCAGCUCAACAA